GUUUCCGUCACUGUGUAACUAAAAACAUCGCCCGUCAAGUUAACGGUUGGUGGAAACAUGUAAUAAUAGCAGAGGUAGAGUGAACAUCCACAAUCCUGCCGGGCAUGAGUGGGGCUGUGAAAACAGUGGCAGAAGACAUGGAUCGACGGAUUUUAAAGGCUGUAUGUGAUGAGGACACAAUGUCUUCUACCACGGUGGGAAUGUCAGAUUUGUCUGAUGAGAUCUUGUUGUCCAUCCUUCGCCAUGUUCCAGUGUGUGACUUGCUGCUGAACGUGGCAAAUGUCUGCCACAAAUUGCACACGCUGUGUCACGAUAAGACCCUGCUCACAAAUGUCAGUCUGUCUGAGGAGUACAUGGCUGAUGACCUGUUGGUGAGGCGUUUAUUGAAGCAGCUAGCCAAUCACGUGCAGUCUCUCAGCUUGAACGGUUGCUACUGGCUCUCCGGCGCGACCAUGGAGAAGCUCAGUCGCUGCAGGGUGGUGACGCACCUUGAUGUCACUGGCUGUCGUCUCACCUCGCUUCGCCUGUCUCGCCUUCUCUCCUCCCUCUCUUUACUCCGCUCAUUUGCUUUUGAUGUGACGCCGGGAUUCAACUCUGCACAGCUGAGUUCAGAGGCGGUGGAUUCGCUGAGCCGCCUGUCAGAGCUCCGGCAGACGCUGUUGACACCAAGCUAUGGUGUGGUCCCGUGCUGUGCUCAACUCCGCAAGCUGAUGUUGCAGUUUGACAUCCCAGAUGUUACGAGAGACGGUAUUGGUGUUUGCUGUCAGUUAAUGGUAGGUCAGAGCAGCGUGCCACAUUACCAGCAUCUGGAGAAGUUCACUGCCAGGUUGGCCCCUGGAGAGGUGAACCAGACUUUGCUCCUUCUCUAUUUGGCUGUGUUCAGCGUUCAUGUUCCAAAGCGCCUUCAAGUUUUUCUUGUGUCGAUUCCUGGUCCCAACCCUGCUCACUGGCCUGCUGCUUCCUCUCUGGCCCAGAGUUUGGGUCAGCAAGGUGACCUAGAGGCCCUGCAGCUCCCUAGAUCCUGGCUUGAUUCCUUAUCACUAAAGAGAGCUCUGGAGGGAAACAGCCCCAAGCACCUCAGCUUCAGCCGCUGUCCUGCAUUAUGGCCACAAGUGUUUCAGUCAUUGCUGGAGGGAGGAGUUCGAGAUGCCACACAGCUGAUCAGUCUUAACCUCAGUGGCAUCAACCAGGUGCUUUAUUCUGAGUGCAGAAGUAUGGAGGAUCAGCUGCUUCCUGGGACAAUGAGCCGUUUGGCAGCUGGUUGUUCCAACCUUAAACACCUCAAUUUGAUGCACACACACUAUCAUCAUGAAAACUCAAAUGUGCUGGAUGGAGAAGCACAUCUGUGUGCUAGCUUGGCCAAAUUCAGACACCUGCGCUCUCUCACUGUGCCUGCCUGCGCUCUGUCAGAUGGCCUGAAUUCACAUCACAUGCCUACAAUUAAGACGUCUCCCUCUCCAUUGUUCCUGGGGCUAAAGAAGGCUCCUCGUGUGGGGCUUCAGAAUUACAAGCCAGACUCAGAGUCAUCAUUCUCUGGGGACAGCACCUCUGGACUUGCUCAGCUAUUAGCUGGCUGCCCUUGUUUAGAGAACUUGGAGGUAAUUGGCCCUGGUUUUGUAUCCGUCUUGCCUCGACUUGAGCCCUGCACACGCGCUAGUGUGGAACCUCGUGGAAUGUGUGCAUGGGCUCGAGGAGUUGGCGAUGUGCACCUAGCCGCGCUUGAGGCAUUGCCUCGAUUGCGUCGCCUGACUCUGGCUGGGAUUCCUGGGGUGUUGAAGGGAACGGGGCUGGUGCAGCUAGCCCGACGGUGCAAGGAUCUGCAGGUGUUAUCCCUUGCCAACAUGGGAUCACUAAAAACCAUGAACUACACCUCUGCCUUGCUGGAGACUCUUAAACAGUGCACACAGCUACAGGAACUCAGGUUAGAGCAGCCCUACCUGAAUGCCAACGCCUCAUUCUUUGAGGCUUUGUCGUGCUGCUCUCGUCUGCAGCGUCUCUGCCUCAUCUCGCGCAGCGGCACCUUUGACUCAUCAGCCACAGAAACCUUCAUGGAGCGAUGCUGCCACGUCAUCACAUGCCACAUGUUUAUGGGCGGCACUUUGGCGGCUUGUCACACUUUGCAGAAAGCACUGCUGGACAGAUUUUCAGCCGAGCGCUCAGCACUUAGUGUGGUCAUCUAUCCACUACAGCAUGAAGACCUGCCGUCAGUCAUCAGAGAUAUACCACUCACUCUACUUGAUCGUAUAACUUUGUUUCAGAGCCAUGUGGCACAACCCCCACAUUUAUCACCACUCUGACGUUAUCACUAAGCUUGACUGUGAAGGAUGCUCAAUAGCUGAUGACUGAGGCUGUUUUUGCCAGGAUAUAAAAUUGACAAAUAGAAAAAAGACUGAUGUAGUGCACUCAGUUACGAAUGUGUGUCCAGUAGGAGAUGAAACAAUACACUAUUGAGUAAUAAUUGUUUACAUUUCUAUAACUCUGUAAUGAUGGUCUUCAAAGGGACAUUCAUUUCAUCUCAACUCUAAAGCCAGGUGAAUAAUCAGGGUACACUGCACUUCCAUAUAUCUUAUUUAAUGAAAUUUCACCUUUGUUACCAUUAUUCAUUUUUCCUCCAAAUCAAGUGCCAAAAUACAAAGUAAAGUAAUUAUUUGAUUUGCGACUUUGUAUUAAAGACAAAAAUCAAAAAAAUACUGUAAUAAAAUCCAUAUGUUAUUUUUAA